AUGGCCCGGCUCGCCCUCUCCGACUGCCGCGGCCUCACGCCGCUCCGCGCGCGCAGCCGCGGCGGCGCCAUUGCGCUGCCGUCGCCUCCCCACCUCGCCGCGGGGCCGCGUCGCCCCGCGGCUGCCGCCAUCCACCGCGACUGGGCGCUCCGCGUCGCCGCGCCCACCCGCCUCGCCUCCGUCUUCGAGGAGGAUAAAAGGAGCCUCGGGGGAGCGGAGGAGGCCGGGAGCUCCUCGGCCGGGUUCAACCCGGGGGCGCCGCCGCCGUUCGGCCUGGCGGAGAUCCGCGCGGCCAUCCCGAAGCACUGCUGGGUCAAGGACCCGUGGCGGUCCAUGAGCUACGUGCUGCGCGACGUCCUGGUCGUGCUCGGCCUCGCCGCCGCCGCCGCGCGGGUCGACAGCUGGCUCGUCUGGCCGCUCUACUGGGCCGCGCAGGGCACCAUGUUCUGGGCGCUCUUCGUCCUGGGACACGACUGUGGGCAUGGGAGCUUCUCAAGCAACCCAAAGCUGAACAGCGUGGUCGGCCACAUACUCCAUUCCUCAAUUCUCGUUCCAUACAACGGCUGGAGGAUCAGCCACAGGACGCACCACCAGAACCACGGCCAUGUGGAGAAGGACGAAUCCUGGCACCCGCUACCCCAGAGGCUGUACAAUAGCCUGGACAAUAUGACAAAGAAGUUGCGGUUCAGCAUGCCAUUUCCCAUGCUUGCAUUCCCCUUAUACUUGUUUGCGAGGAGCCCUGGCAAGGAAGGCUCACACUUCAACCCGAACAGCGAUUUGUUCCAACCUAAUGAGAAAAAGGAUGUGCUAACAUCCACUGCGUCCUGGCUAGCAAUGAUUGGGGUUCUUGCAGGUCUGACCUUUGUGAUGGGGCCUCUUAAAAUGCUAAAGCUCUAUGCAGUCCCAUAUGUGAUAUUUGUUAUGUGGCUGGAUUUUGUCACAUACUUGCAUCAUCAUGGUCACGAAGACAAGGUUCCCUGGUAUCGUGGAAAGGAAUGGAGCUAUCUGCGCGGAGGAUUGACAACACUUGAUCGGGACUACGGGUUGAUCAACAACAUACACCAUGACAUUGGCACUCAUGUCAUUCACCAUCUUUUCCCGCAAAUCCCGCAUUACAAUCUUGUCGAGGCGACUGAGGCAGCAAAGCCAGUUCUUGGCAAGUACUACAAAGAACCAGAGAAGUCGGCUCCUCUCCCAUUCCACCUACUGCAGGUGCUAUCGCGGAGUUUGAAGGAGGAUCACUAUGUUAGCGACACCGGAGACAUAGUUUACUACCAAAGUGAGUCAGAGACGAGUACUUCUGCACAGAGCUCUGAUUGA